AUGGCUGCACAUGUGAUUCUGCUGGUUUUGUGCUGUGCUUUUAGACAGAGCAACAGUGCGAGUACACCUGCAUGGUUCGACAACAUUUCUACCAGUCUCUUCAAUUUGUCUGGGGACAUUAUGCUCGGAGGACUUUUUCCCAUUAACCAGCUCACCAGCAACCUCAGUGAAAGGAUGGAGCCUGACAACAUUAGCUGUGACAGUUUAAAUGAGUAUGGACUGGGCCUCGCUCUAGUUAUGAAAUAUGCAGUGGAUGAGAUCAACGCAAACUCAAUUCUGCUCCCUGGCAUCAAGUUGGGUUAUGAAAUCUUUGACACAUGCAAACAAUCUGCUGUCAUCGUGAAGCCUACUAUCUCUUUCCUCACUGCAAAAUCGACCGAUGCGCUAUCUGUAGAGUGUAAUUACACCAACUAUGAGACCAGCAUAUCAGCCGUAAUCGGUCCUCUGACCUCAGAAAUGGUGUCAGUCAUAGGAAAACUCCUGGGAUUCUUUCUGAUGCCACAGAUUAGCUUCGGUGCCACCAGUGACAAAUUCAGUGACAAACUUCUCUAUCCGUCAUUCUUCCGCACGGUACCCAGUGACAAAUGGCAAGUAGAAGUCAUGGUGCGUCUGAUGAAGGUGUUUGAAUGGAACUGGGUGGCAGUGGUGGGCAGCGAAGAGGAGUAUGGACAACAAGGUGUGCAGGAAUUCUCCAAAAGAGCAGAAAAUGAGUCCAUCUGUGUGGCCUACCAGGGUCUGAUUCCAGUGUACACUGACCCCACACCAGCGGUCAAAACUAUCAUUGAUAAUAUCAACGCAACCAACGUCGGAGUGGUAGUGUUUUUUUCUCUCGCAGAGCCCGCUGUGGUCUUUUUCAAAGAGGUUAUCAGGAGGAAUGUAACGGCUGUGUGGAUCGCCAGCACAAGUUGGGGCAUCAGUAAUAAACUGACUUCUCUCCCCAAUAUCAACACAGUCGGUACAAUCCUUGCAUUCACUGACAUGACACAGACUCUGGGUCUGCUUACUGACUACACAGAGGAACUCUUCAGCAAACUGAGCGAGGAGAGCGAGAUGUCCCCUCCAGCACCAGAGUCUGGCAAUCCUCUUAGUCCCUGCCCACAAUGUUGGAACUUGUCAACUGCUAAUAUUAGCUUGGUGCAAGAUCCUGCAGUGCAGCGCACAGCUUUCAGUGUUUAUGCUGCCAUCUACAGUGUUGCACAGGCACUGCACAACCUGCUGGGAUGCAAUUCAACUGCCUGUGUGAAGGGAUCUGAAACCAAAAUCUAUCCCUGGAAGCUAUUGAAGGCUUUAAAGAACACGUCUGUAGACAUAAAUGGCACACAUUUAGAAUUUGACACAAAUGGCAACCCAAACAUCGGAUACAAUUUGGUUCAGUGGGUCUGGAAUGCCUCGCAUGUUGACUUCAUUGAAGUUGGAAGCUUUUACAGAGAACUAAACAUCAGCAAGCCCCUCUUCAAAUGGCACACUCCAAACUCAAAGGUUCCUGAGUCCACCUGUUCAGCACAAUGUGAGACAGGCCAGGUCCGCAGAGUCAAAGGUUUCCAUUCAUGCUGUUUCGAUUGUAUCGACUGUGUGCCAGGCACUUACCAGGAGAAUGAAGACGACAUUCAGUGUGCUAAGUGCCCUACGGGUCAGUGGUCUGAGGAAAAAAGCACUAACUGCACUUUACCCACCUUUGACUUUUUGUCCUGGGACACGCCUGAAGCUCUGGCAAUGACGCUGGCUGUGGUGCUGCUGUUAAUAUGUCAGGCGUCAGUAGGUGUUGUGUUCCUGAAACACCGGGGAACCCUAUUGGUAAAGGCCUCAGGGGGAGUCCUGAGUUUUGUGGCUCUGCUAAGUCUGAUGGGAGCUUGCCUCAGUCUGCUGCUCUUCCUGGGGCAGCCCGGGGAUGUGGUGUGUCGUCUUCAGUUGCCCCUCACCUCCAUUUUCCAAACAGUGGCCCUCGCCAUUAUUACGUCCAUCUCACUACAGAUAUUCUACGUGUCAGAGUUCCCAAAGACGGCUGCCUCUCACCUGCAUGUGCUAAGAGGCCCUGGAAGCGGUCUGUUUGUCGUGAUCUGCUGUGUUGUGCAUGCUGGUAUCUGUGGCUGGUAUGUUCAGGAAGGGCCAUCGCUGACUGAAUAUAUGGCGAAUAUGACAAUAAACUUUGUAAGAGAAUUCCUGACAUGUCCAGUGAAACCCUUGUCUGGAUUUGCCUUAUUGCAAGGUUUCAACAGUGCAUUGGCCCUCAUAUCAUUCAUGUGCACCUUCAUGGCAAUAAAGCCUCUUCAUCAGUAUAACCUUGCCAGGGACAUCACCUUUUCCUCCCUGAUCUAUUGUGUGAUUUGGGUGACCUUUAUUCCAAUCUACAUAGGCUUGAAUGUCAAGAACAGGUCUAUUGUCCAUGUUUCUUUCACCCUGGCAAGCAACUUGGGACUCCUGGCAGCCUACUACUUCCCAAAAUGCUUCUUGCUGUUGAGAAAGCCUGAGCUCAAUACAGCAGAACACUUUUGUACCUUCCUCGAGGGCGUCCCACCAACACCAGCUCAGGAGGAACCACAGACACAGACAGAGUCAGAGAAAUAAACUAAAAUGUACUUGUAAGAAAUAUAUAUAUAUAUACAUAUCAGGUAAAAUUUACAUUUGUAUGCUUUGUACGUGAAAAAGAUAACGUAUUAAUUAGUUUGUGAAUUUCACAAUUAACUAGCCUACAGUACAGGUUACAAAUACAUACAUUCACUAAGGUAGGGGUUGCUCAUGUAGAGUAGCAUAUAAAAAAUAGUGUAACUUUCGUAUAUUUUCAUUAUGAUUAUGGUUAUAUAGUUAUAUUGGUUAUAGUUAUAAUUAUGAUA